AUCGCACUGACCUGCAACCAUCUGACGGAAUGGAGGAAGACCGAGCGCUGGCAGACCUUGGCCCUGAUCUGCCUGUUGCAGCCGACAAUCACGACGGCGCCGCAACUCUGCCAAAACAGCCCAAAAGGCGGUUCAUUGGCAGACGAGCCGCAGAUGCCAAAGCCGCUGCGAAAGCAGAGGCCGGCGGUGGCGCGAUUGAGGAUACGGGUGCUGUUCAGGUUGCUCCACGACGGCGGCCUGCCCGUGCCCUGAACAACGUGCCGGAUGAGAUCCUGUACGACCCAGCUAUCAACGAUGCAAUUGCACUAUUACCGAAAAACUACAAUUUUGAGAUUCACAAGACCAUUCAUCGCAUCAGGACUUCUGGUGCGAAGCAGAUUGCGCUGCAAAUGCCCGAAGGCUUGUUGUUAUUUGCCACAACCAUUUCCGACAUCCUCACACAGUUUUGCCCGGGUGUCAGUACGCUCAUCAUGGGCGACGUGACAUAUGGCGCUUGCUGCAUCGACGACUACACAGCACGAGCUCUGGGCUGCGAUCUCCUCGUGCAUUAUGCCCAUUCGUGCCUGAUCCCUGUAAAUGUGACGAAGAUCCAGACUUUAUAUGUCUUCGUGGACAUACAGAUAGACGUCGAGCACUUGCUUGCUACCAUCGAGCGCAACUUCAAGCCCGGCAGCACAAUUGCUAUGGUAGGGACAAUACAAUUCAACGCUACGCUUCACGGCACUUCGCAACAGCUUCGAUCGGCAGGUUACAAUCUCAUUGUCCCUCAAAUCAUGCCUCUCUCCAAAGGCGAAAUACUGGGCUGCACAUCACCACGUCUUACGAAGGAGCAGAAUGUGGACCUAAUUCUGUAUCUGGGGGAUGGUCGUUUUCACCUGGAAAGUGCGAUGAUUCACAACCCAUCAACGCCGGCAUAUAGAUACGAUCCGUACUCGCGACGGUUGACGCACGAGACGUAUGAUCACGAUACACUACUCGCAGAUCGAUCCAAAGCACUUACACAAGCACGGAAGGCGAAGAAGUGGGGCUUGAUCUUGGGCAGCCUGGGACGACAAGGCAAUCCGCACACGAUGACUUUGAUCGAGAAUCAUCUACGCGAGAAGGGCAUCACCUGGGUGAACUUGCUUCUCAGCGAAAUCUUUCCGGGCAAGCUUGCGAUGAUGCCGGAUGUAGAGUGUUGGGUUCAGGUGGCUUGUCCUCGGCUCAGUAUUGAUUGGGGCUAUGCUUUCCCACGACCUCUGCUAACACCGUAUGAAGCUUUGGUGACUCUGGGAGAACGAAAGGGAUGGGAGGGACAAGUCAACGAGAUCACGGGUGAGAAGGAAGAGACAGUAUACCCUAUGGACUUUUAUAGCAAGCAAGGCUUAGCUAGAGUGAAGGCCGAAGACGUUGCGGUCCCGCCGAUGCUAUCGAAUGCGGUAUAA